UGUUGCACGGUCAGUUUCUCUUCUCUAGAUGGUCCACCACCUGUUGCGCUUCUGUCUGCUGCUGGCUGUCCUGCUGUUUGUCUGCGCUGCGCAUUUCGAAGCUCCCGCCGUCCAAGAUAAGAUCGAUAAGCAUGUUGUCUGCGGCCGUCAAACAAGUUGCGAGCAGGCAUGCUCUGCGGCGUGCCUCUAGUGGCUGGGCAGCCACGCAGACACUCCUGCAGGAGCAACUGGCAGACAUCCGUGAGGCUGGCACGUACAAGACUGAACGGGUGCUCACCUCCCGGCAGGCAGCAUCUGUGCACGUUGCAGGCUGGGACAAGCCGGUGCUCAACCUGUGCGCCAACAACUACCUGGGACUCUCGAGUCACCCCGAUGUGAUAGAGGCUGGCAAGAAGGCUCUGGACACCCACGGUGCAGGGUUGAGCUCGGUGCGCUUCAUCUGUGGAACACAGGACAUCCACAAGGAACUGGAACAGAAGAUUGCACGCUUCCACGGCCGGGAGGACGCCAUUCUGUACGCCAGCUGUUUUGAUGCCAAUGCGGGCAUCUUUGAGGUUCUUUUGAGCCCCGAGGACGCAGUGCUGUCGGAUGAGCUCAACCAUGCUUCCAUCAUUGAUGGAAUCCGUCUCUGCAAGGCGCAGAAGUACCGCUACAAGCAUCGAGACAUGAAUGAUCUGGAGGAGAAACUGCGGGACGCUGUUGGAAAGAGUCGCCAGAGGCUCAUUGUCACCGACGGAGUCUUCAGCAUGGAUGGCAAUGUGGCUCCACUGAGGGACAUCUGUGACCUUGCGGACCGUUACAAUGCCAUGGUGUUUGUCGAUGAGUGCCAUGCCACGGGCUUCUUUGGCAACAGUGGCAGGGGUACCGAGGAACACUUUGGUAUCUCUGGCCGUGUGGACAUCAUCAACUCUACUCUGGGCAAGGCACUGGGAGGCGCUGCAGGGGGCUACACCACGUGCCGUCGCGAGCUGGUGGACCUUCUGCGGCAGCGCUCACGGCCUUACCUCUUCUCCAACUCCCUGCCUCCACCCGUUGUGGCAUGCGCCUCAAAGGUGCUAGACAUCCUCCUGGCUAGUCCCAAGUUGGCACAGAAGGUGGCCGGACUGACAAAGCACUUCCGUUCGCGCAUGACUACUGCUGGCUUCAAUGUCUCUGGUGACGACCACCCCAUCUGCCCUGUGAUGCUGGGAGAUGCACGCUUGGCUGCUGAUUUUGCUGACGGCAUGCUUGAGCAAGGCGUGUAUGUGAUUGGCUUCAGCUACCCAGUGGUACCCAAAGGCAAGGCUCGCAUUCGAGUGCAAAUCUCGGCAGCACAUUCCAUGGAGGACAUAGACCGUACUGUGGAUGCUUUCAUCACAGUGGGCAAGAAGUUCGGAGUGGUUGCGUAGUGUAAACACCUACAGCUCACUGCAGAGCCCGUUGCAAGGAAUAUUGACUCGCUUGAAGUUUAUUUGCUAUACCGUCCAUCAAAGGUCACUUGUAUGGUUCCGGGUUUAGGACUACCGAAAACGGCCUUCUAACCUGUCGGCAGACCCGAACCUGCUCGGAAACGCAAUUGUUGUUCGAAUUUUUAUUACCAAGUGGUCUGGGUUCAAAUAUAAGACACCUGCUCUAUC